AUGCUGUCCUCUGCCAUCUGCCAUCUCACAAAUCAGCUUUCCUUUCCGUGUCCUCUUCCAACUGCAGGCGUGUCUAUGACAUACUACUGUGAGCGAGUUGGUCCCGUGGACUACACAAGGUCGACAGUGGCUGUGAAUGACUUGAUAAAUAAGGGACUUGGUUUGGAAUUUCAAACGUUUUUUGAACAUUCGUUGAAAACUUGUAGAGGGACUGCAAGCCCUGCUGAGUGGUACGCUUUGUUGGUCGAUUGUGCAGGAUCAAGUUUGUUUUUGGUCUUGCUCCACUACCUAGCCGGCGAACUUAGCAUCAAUAUCAUCAGUGGGAUCUCCCAGUUCUACAGUAGGUCCCGGCUAUCACAGGUUAGCAGCCCAAUUCCAAUCGGAGUAUCAUCAGAUACUCCUCCAAUUCGGGGUACUGCUUCACCAGUGGGUGGAGAUAAAUUUCCACCAUUUCCCUUCGUUCUCUAUCCAGUGAUCUAUAGCCAAUUAUCGACGCGGCUAUCGAUCCUAUAUUACGGCAGUGAUAAGCAUUUAAAAUACCACUCCCCCGCAACACUCUCUCCCCCCCACCUGUUGGUAGCUCACGAUAAAUCAAAGCCACAGCAGAAAUGUGGUGCUUUCCCUUCCGUACGCAUCUCGAUGAAUACUGCCACUCUGACGAUACCCGCCUCGUCCGCCUCAUCAAACGCGCCUUGGGGGAGACAAUAG